UAUAUAUAUUUUUUGGGGUCUUUCAGAACAAUGAGUUCCCAGGUGAGACAAAACUUCCAUCAGGACUGCGAGGCUGCAAUCAACAGGCAGAUCAACCUGGAGCUGUAUGCUUCCUAUGUUUAUCUGUCCAUGGGUUACUACUUUGACCGGGAUGACCAGGCUUUGCACAACUUUGCCAAGUUCUUCCGGGACCAAUCGCAUGAAGAGCGCGAGCAUGCAGAGAAGCUCAUGAAACUUCAGAACCAGCGCGGUGGGCGGAUCUUCCUUCAAGAUGUCAGGAAGCCUGAACGGGAUGAGUGGGGCAGUGGUGUUGAGGCCCUUGAAUCUGCCUUGCAGCUUGAAAAAAGUGUGAACCAGUCCCUUCUGGACUUGCAUAAGCUGUGCUCCGAUCACAAUGACCCACAUUUGUGUGAUUUCAUCGAAACCCACUACCUGGAUGAACAGGUGAAGUCCAUCAAAGAGCUGGCAGACUGGGUGACCAACCUGCGUCGCAUGGGUGCCCCACAGAAUGGCAUGGCAGAGUACCUGUUUGACAAACAUACUUUGGGCAAGGAAAGCAGUUAAAUCCCUCCACAUUGCUUUCUUUGUAUCUUGCUUUGUGUUUGAAAAUGUGAAUUCAUCUUCAUGCUACAAGCCAGUACGUUAACUUAUCCUCUCGCAUUCGACCUGCUGAAGUGAACUUGUACUCUCAGAACAAUGCCGCGUGACAGUGCUUGUUGUAAUCUGCAUCCCGCUUUGCCAUUGUGGUAUUCUUAACACUACAAGCUGUCGACCAGACCAAAUAAACCACCUGAAAGAUGA